UAACAUUUUAACGUACAAUUUCAGAACAAAACAUGUAGAAAACCAAAAACAAUAAUGGCGAGCGAUGAUUCGAGAUUUCCAAUCCCAACUUCGUAAAUAAAAUUUAGAAUCUAACCAUCUAUUGAUACAAACUACUGGCCUCCAUACCGUACUAUUGAUUUAUGAAAAUUUCACCUUAACAAAUCCAGCGUAUAAAUAACUCAAAACAAGCAGGUAUCUCGCUCGCAAGGAACGAAAAAUCCUCUCCAACCUUCAUUGAAAGUAAAUUCCCUUGAAAUCCGGUUUCAGAAAAGGAAAAAGAUCCAUUAAGUACAAAAAAGCAACAAAAAUCUCCAAAGCUAAUCUCCAUCAAUUUACAGAAUGUUUAAAUUUCAAAGCUUUAUGUUUCUUGGACAAGAAAUGGUAAAUGUAAUGAAAAGAGAACAACUCUUCAAAAUACAAAAUUCGGACAAAAUUACCAAACAUAAACUUUAAUCAUCAUUUGGAAAACAAAUAUUAUUAUUAUUGUCUUCCAUAUCAAUGGAUAUUCAUGGAUGGACAUUUGGAAUUCCUUCAGUUAGUGUUAUUGGAGAUGGGUAUUGUUUCCCUUAUCCUAUGGAAUUGAUUGUGAAGAAGAAAAUUAAAAGCCUAUCUAAUGCACAAUUUGAAGUUUUUGAUCAAAGUGGAAAUCUACUUCUUCAAGUAGAUGGUGGUAUUUGGAGCUGGAAGAUGAAAAGAAUUCUGCGAGAUCCUGCCGGUUUUCCUAUUCUUACAAUGUGCGGAAAGGCAUUUACAUUUUGGCAUAAAUGGAAGGCUCAUGAAGGUGCAAGUUCAGAUGAAAAUAGUCUCCUCUUUAGUGUAAGACAAUCCCAUCCUCUGCAAAUUAAAAAAGAGCUUCAUGUUUUCUUGGCAAACUUGAAGAAAAAAAGCCCUGAUUUCCAUGUUACUGGAUCCUACACUUCUUUAUCUUUCAAAGUUUUCAAAAGCCACAGGCUUCUUGCAGAGGUUAAACAUCAUUUCACCCUGGAAAGCUUCUGCAAGGGAAAGGAAAAAUACAAAGUUAAAAUUUAUCCAGAGGUGGAUUAUGCAUUUAUUGUGGCAUUGCUGGUAAUUCUUGAUGAGAAUGACUCUCCAUAAUUCUUUUUUCUCCUUUUUUUUUUAUUUUAUAUUAAAUAUUUUUGUUACCCUUUGUAAUUAUUCUUGUAAUGUAUAUGUCCAACUUAAGCUUUAGCAAUUAGGCAGCAAUUGAAAAUUAGCAUAGUGGGCUAAAUGUUUGUUGA